CAGUGCGGGUGCGCGGAGGAGAUGUCGGCGGGGAGGGAGGACCCAGAGACAUUAUUGACGCUGUUCCAGUCGCUACUCUUCUUGAGAUAUUUCUCAUCAGGGCUGCAGUGAAUUACAGAGCAAAAAGAAUGGGAAGGAGUAUACGUGGUGUCGAUUGCACUGAAAGUCUGGCUGUCUCCACCGAACACCGACUUUUGUUGUUCAGCGGUAUUUUCAGGAGGGACUAAGGGACGCAAGCAAAGCAAAGCAAAGCAGGGAAGCUAGCACCACAGACUAGCAAAACUGUGGCCCACAACAAACCUCCGAGCUAGCAUCCGUCGCAUGCACCGACAGAAAAAAUGGUGUACCUGUUGAAUCCUAUAGACAACCUGAGAAGCUACAUCAACAACCGUCCGCCGCUGGUCAUUUUUAUGAUCAGCGUCAGCGCGGUGGCCAUCGCCUUCCUGACCAUCGGCUAUUUCUUCAAGAUUAAGGAGAUCAAGUCUCCGGAGCUGACGGAGGACUGGAACACCUUCCUGCUGCGCUACAACGAGCUGGACUUCUGCGUGUCGGAGAACGAGACGAUAAAGCACGGCCUGAACGAGUCGACCACGCCGGAGAGCAUGGUGGUGACCAGCGGUCAGGCUCGCUCCAGCACCCAGGUCCCCCUCCUGCUGGAGGACUCGGGUCCCAUCAACAUCUCGGUCCCCAUCACCCUCACGCUGGACCCCCAGCGCCCCUUUGGAGGGUACUCGCGCAAUAUCACUCAUCUGUACGCCACGGUGCUGGGGCAGCAGGUCGGCCUGUCUGGCCGGGAAGCCCAUGAAGAAAUAAACAUCACGUUCACCCUGCCUGUAUCCUGGAACUCAGACGACUGUGUGCUGCACGGACACUGCGAGCAGGUGGUGUUCAGCACUUGCAUGACCAUCACGGCGGCCAACAAUAUCUUUCCAGUCACAGUGCAGCCGCCACACUGCGUGCCAGAGACGUACACCAACGCCACAUCCUGGUACAAGGUAUUCACCACAGUCCGUGACUCUGACACCAAGUACAGUCAGGACUACAACCCCUUCUGGUGUUACAAAGGAGCCAUCGGCAAGGUGUACCACGCACUCAACCCAAAGCUUACAGUCAUCGUGCCUGAUGACGACCGUUCCCUCAUCAACCUGCACCUGAUGCACACGAGCUACUUCCUGUUUGUCAUGGUCAUCACUAUGUUCUGUUACGCAGUCAUAAAGGGACGACCUGGCAAAGUACGACAAACCAACCCCGACUUCUGCCCUGAGAAGGUACAACAGUCACCAGCAGUGCUUUAUGACGUGAACAGGUGGCGUUGUCAGAGGGUUAAACAGACACCCGAGAGAUGUGUGAGAACUUACUUGUGACACGGACAAAACUCCAAGAAACAGAAGAAAUAAAAAAAAUAAACAAAAUAAAAAAUAAACAUACCAGUUGCCUAGUGAACCUUGGAAAUACAACAAGGGGACACAAAAGCUCUGUGAAUGCAUUAUCCUUGCAAUGUUGGGUUUCUCCAACCAAAGAUAUACAAGUGCCUGUAUCUGUCGUGUAAAUAUUUGUAGGAACUCUGAUAUUCUGUGCAGAACCUUCUGUUCUUUUUCUCUCGUUUGGUUUGUUUUUUGUUUCUAUUCGAUUGUGUUUUUUUUGCCUGAGUCCCCCGUGUGCCAUGUCAGAACAUGCAGUACAUCCAUCAAAGCAGAAGGCCAGACCCCAAGAACUGCACCGCCAUUCAUCAUAUCAUCAAGACUCAUUUAUCAAGCAGGUUAAAAAAAAACAAGAGGAAACCGGGGAGGCUGCACGGUGGUGCAGUGGUUAGCGAGGAGGUUCCUGGUUUGAAUCCCUGUCUGUCAGGAGCCUCUCUGUGUGGAGUUUGCAUGUUCUCUCCCCGUGCAUGUGUGGGUUCUCUCCGGCUUCCUCCCACAGUCCAAAGACAUGCUCGAUAGGUUUAACUGGAGACUCUAAAAUUGCCCGUUGUCUGUCUCUAUACGUCCGCUCUGUGAUUGGCUGGCGUACUUUCCACGGUGUAACCCCGCCUCUCGUCCAAUCGGUGAUUGGCUCCAGCCCCAUGCGUCUCCGCACAUGAAAAGCGGUAUAGAUAAAGGAUGGAUGGAUGGAACGGUGUCCACCUACCACUGAAGUUGGUUUAUCUCUCACUUUGUUGCAUUCAGAUCUGUAAUCGCGGCGUUUCUAACUCCCACGAUAAGAAGCCAAACGUUAACUCUCAUGAGACAUGUUUGCUUGUGAUGCCGUUAAGGAUGAACUCAUCACUGAGCACUUAUCGCUUCAGCGAGGAAGCAAAGUAUGAAUUUAGCACUUUUUCUCCCCGGACAGUGUGAACAAAAACCCGUCUGAUAACGAUGCAAACACUUUAAUUUAUUAAACUGAACUCUCAAAUUGUAUUUUUUUUUUAAUUACCGAAUUAACAAUCCUGUUUGCUCCCUGUGAGUGUGCGACAUCAGAGUGAGGAGUGUUUAGAUGAUGCACAUUUCUCUAAAACGUCUGGACAGUGAAUUAACGAGUCCCAUCGUCUGUGUUUGACUUGUCAGCAGGUCGGUAAUUGACUGCAAAGCUUCCUGUGGUUUUUGAGGAUAUAUUUUUUUAUUUGCUGCACUUAAAAUCUGAGUUUCUGCCUUUUUUAGUUUUUUCUUCCUCCGUGGCUUCAUCGCCGCUCACCUGCCUCGCUCUUUACGUUCAUUUGCUGCAGCCGUUUUUGUCGUUUGUUUUGCUUCCCACAGUUUAUCUGAUGUUGGACUCCAUCUUUUUUUCCGUUGCACCUGGAUGAAGCAGAACUUUAUCUUGCCUUACUCACGGCUGACUUGCUUGCUAAAAAAAAAAAAACACAGGGAGAUCCAUCUCUGUCCUCCCGUCUUCUACAGCCAUCCUCCUCUUCUUCUUGUUUCUUCCAUUUUUAAAGAGCCUGUGGUUUGAAAAAUCUAACUUGUGACCUUUUUUUAUUUUCCUAUUAAUGUAAAUGUUUUAUUCGAGGAGGCAUUUGAAGGUGUGCUCGUGUUUGCAUAGUUCCUGCACCUUUUUUUUUUUUUAGAUUUCUUGCACAUUUUUUUGGUUCUCUGCCCCUGUGAUGAUUUCUUUUUUUUUACUUUGUCCAAUAUCACAUGUAGAAAGUCUGAUUUUGAACUCUAGGAACCUUUAUAAAAAAUGAUGAUAUAUAAGUAUAUAAUUAUAUUUAUAUAGCUGUGAUGUUAUAUUACGUUUCUUUUUAUUUUCUUGUGAUUUUUGUGGUACAACAAAAUGUGCAAAAAGUCACCUGGGGUGAGAGUUUGGGAAAUGUUUGGAUACAUUGAGGUGGAUUUAGACUGUUUCUGAAAUGUGGUUACUAGGCAACCAAAUGUUAAUUAGCCUACUUAAAGGAUACUAAAGAGGAAGUAAUAAUCUCGACUGUUGAGCAGUUUUCACACAUGCACUCCUUGAAAUUUCGAGAAAGUCCAGACGGCCUCUGAAAUUUUUCCAAACCUGUUAUUCACAGCCUGACGAUUUCCCUGUGAGACGGGAGGCUUUCAGAAGGAACCAAAAAAAAAAAGGACGCUGCAGUCAUAACGUAUCCAAGAUGGUGGACGAAGCAACAUGUGACGCUAACGUUUGCGUUCACACAUGCAGCUCAUAUUUUCAGGAGAUUUGUGCAUCAGAGCUGUGGAGGAAAAAAAAGAUUCUCUUCCAAGAUUUGAUCAUUUCUAUCUUGAUGUCAGAGCUCACUUUGACAAUCAUUUAAAUUAAAAAAAAAAGACAGAAUAAAAAUGCACCAAUUAGAUUAGAAUACGAUUGUUCGUUCAGUCUUGAAAAGAGAAUUGACAGUCUAAGUCCGCCUCAACACUCUGUCCAGUUCGACUUCCUUUCCAAUAAUAAUUUCUGAAACAUCGACCUUACCUCUUGUGUUUUCAUUUUGUUCCAUCAUCGUCGACGUACCUGUUGAAUGUACUUUUUCAAUAAGCAGCAGAAUCCAACUCUGAGAUGCAACUAUUCCACGUGAUCUGAAACCAGGAUGUACAUUUGUUUUUGUUUGUUUUUAUUUGUCCAGUUUAAAAAAAGCUUUACUUGAAUGAUG